AUGGAGGCGUCACUCCGUGCGGUGCGCGAGGGGACAAGAUAAAGGCUGGCGAGGGCCCUGGGGACCCCUGUGCAGCUGGCUCACGCUGCUUCCUGAGAGCUGCUUUGGGACUCCUCUUCCCAACUCUGUGUUCAGUGACAUCGCGUUGAUAGCCUGAAAUCAGCCAUGGGGGGAGUAUUUACACUACAGAAGUGGGAAAAUACCACAAACCAGAGAUUUUUUUUCCCCCAGAGGGCUGGUUGUUAAAUAUUUACCAACACACCACUGUUUACACUGAGAUUUGAAAAGAAGAGAAAUCAGUAGAGACAGAGUAGUCAGAGAACAGCGUUGAGAGGAUGAGGAAAGAAAGUGUCAGGAAAUCAGGAGUGUCACAUGGUGCGAUCAGGUCUAGGGAGAGGAGGACCAAAGAGGCCAGAGCAUUGUCACCGAGGGAGCUGAUGUGGAAGCUGGAUGGAGGAGAGGGUGGACGUUAGGGGUCAGCUAGGGGGUAGUCGGGAAGACUGGGGACCCUGGUCCAGUCCCUGGACAUCAGUCUGGGGCCAUGUGAGCAGGGGGCUCCCAGGCCAGGGAGGUUCACAGGGCAGGAGCUGUAUCUUGAGAUUCUGUUUUCCAGGCUGUUUCUCUAUCCAAGGCCCAGAGUCCGUGAGAGGCCCAGAGAAGGGCUCAGUGACCGUGCAGUGUCACUAUAAACCAGGAUGGGAGAUCUACAGGAAGUGGUGGUGUCGAGGAGCAAGGUGGGAUUUAUGCAGGAUCCUCAUUAAAACCACUGGAUCAGAGCAGAAGGUGAAGGAGGACCGUGUCUCCAUCAGGGACGAUCAGAGAGACCGCGUGCUCACCGUGACCAUGGAGGAGCUCAGGCGAGACGAUGCAGGCACUUACUGGUGUGGGAUUGAGAGAACCGGAGUGGACCUGGGCACACGAGUUAAAGUGGCCAUUGACCCAGAGGGAACAGUUCUGAGCACACCAGCAAGCCCGCCAACUGCCAACAACCAUACAGGAGUCUCCUCUGGCACCUCCGUCAGGACCCAUUACAUGCUCCUGGUAUUCGUGAAGGUGCCCGUCUUGCUCAUCUUGGUUGGUGUUGUCCUCUGGUUGAAGGGGCCCCAGAGGGUCCCCAAGGAGCAAUGGGAAGAGCCUAUCUAUACAAACUUGUCCUCUGACCUUCUGACCAAGGACACAGCCCCUUAGACGGAUGGAUGGGAAGAAACUUCUGACCCUGGACCCUAUUUGCAGGGGAGACACAGGAUGUGGAAGAAAUGCCUCUGGGUCCUUAGGAGGCAAUGACUGAGGCUGGGGGCCCUGGGGACUGGCCGAGUGCCCUCCCUGCUCCGCACAGCUCAGGGACACAGCUCAGUCUCCUCCUAAGGCAGCCUCACCUCCUGGAGUGCCAGCACCUUGUUCCUACUUCUUCAGGUAGCAAACGCCCCACCCCACCCCAUCAGGUGUUGGGGCUUAUGGUCAGGAGCUGUUGGGAUGGAGUCCAAGUGUCGACGGCAGUGUCCCCACUGCUGAAGAACUCGGGCACAGAGCCAGAGACACAGAGAGAAGCAGCAGGGGUGUGGGAGACAGAGAGAUGGAGCCCUGCCCGGACCCUGGUUUCCGUCGUUCCUGAGAGCAGCUCAACACUCGCUAUGUCUGAGCUUCUGAUAUAUGUUUUUUAAGAUCUUUUUUCUUAAGCUAGUCAAGUUGGGUUUUGAUGUCUUGUGCCCAUGAGAACCCCAAAUGAUGCGCGCGUGUGCACACACACACACACACCCCCCCCCACACACACACCCCAAGGAGGGUGAUUCUGUAGUGAGUUCCUGGUUCUGGGGCGUGAGAAUUUGGACAUCCUCACUGCCCAGGGAACACACUGCUCUGAGUACUCCUGGCUGAGGAGGGACCAGGAACCUCCCUGGGCCCCGCCCCAGUGCUAGCCUUCCUCCUCCUCCUCUUCCUCCUCUUCCUCCUCCUCCUCCUCCUCCAUCCAGGCGCCCUAGCUCCGUGCCGCGCUCCCCCCUCAGGGGCUGGGGCUUCCUGGGAGCUGUGACUUGGGAGUCCAGCCUGCGCUCCCCCCUCAGCACAACUGCUCAGAUCUCCCGUGGGGCUGCUGGGCCUGGAAACUACCUCAAGGUCGGGGAGGGCGGUCAUGAAGACUGUCUGAGGGAAACAAUGUUGCCUCUCUUAAACGCUGUUGUUUAAACCAUCUUAAUAAUGAAAAAUGUCUGAGGAAAAUGACGUCGCCUCUUUAAAACGCCCCCCUCACAGCAACGAUGCCCUUGGACUCGGUCACUUUGUGCCAUAUGACUCACGGGUCCUCACACCAAGGGGAGCUUCGCUUCACCUGAGGAGAAACAGUCUCAUCUGAGACGUGCCCCCACAUGCAAACACACACGUACAUGCGUUCAGAAUGUUUCCCUUUGGUUCCCCUUCUCAGCUUUACUGAGGUAUAUUUGACAAAUAAAAAUUCUAUAU